AUGUGUGCACUCACCGAUUUCCUUCUUUGCGAAUUAUCUCGAUCGACUUUUAUAACAACUUUCUACUUUUUCACUACCACCUCAUCCGACCCUGGAACAUUGGUGAUCAUGAACCGAAUCAUGGCUCCUCAUGACCGUACCUACGUCGCUGUGCAAACACCCGACGAGCUCUUUUGCGACAUCUUGGACAUCCUCCACCCUGCAUAUCGCCUCGACAAAGCCCAUCUCGACGCGUUACGCGACGUGUUGAACGAGGCAAUCAUCGAUCCUAGGCCAACCUUUUGGACCGAGUCAAGGUUCAUCCCCGAGAAUGACCACCUGGAGUUUUCAUCUCGCGCAAAGUCCUCUCCAGUUUCCAGUCAUGACCACUCCUCAACAUCGACCUGCGGUCACCGUUCGCCGACUGCUGUCGGUGAUAACGGCGGCUACGGGCCCCCACAGUCGAUUGAUCAGGCGUUCUACUUCAGCCACACCGAUUAUGAGUUCAAGAACUUGCUGCCGCAGGUAGACUGCUCCGCGUACGAGAAGCCAGAUCGGGCAGUGCCAUCGGGGAUCGAGGAGCGCAAUCGAUCUCGACUUCCGACGCCUCCCAAGACGCGCGCCACGUCGCCGAUUGUGACGACCGAAGACACUCAUGACUUCACCCACAUGGACGAACAGAAAGCCCAAACCACACAGCAGUUAAGAGUAGGAAUUGAGAAUGGAGAACCUGAACAAAACGUGGAAGUAAGGUUCGGAGCUGCAGGCGACCUCACUCCGCAGACUGAAGUCCUGAAGAACAUCGUUGUCGAUAAAGAUACAAUCACCACAAUGUACAACCAUUCCCAUGAAGGCCAUGAUAGUUCGAACGAUGUACACUGCGAGACAGAAGACCUUAUAUCCCAGAACGAGCCACCUGAUGGGCCGGUGAGCACUACCAACUCAUCCGCCAGUCGCGACGUCCAGACCGCCAUCGACAUUGACAUCGAAGACACCUCCACUCAAAACACCACCACCACCGCUUCACCUGAAGUCCUUACUCAGCCCGAAGGCUUCACACAAGCCACAGUCGCCACCACACAGUCGCAAUAUCAGGCCAACGCCCAGGAAGCAGCGCACUCACAGUGUCCCAAAGAAACGACUCUCAGUUCCCCUCGAUCAUUUCAGACCCCGAGCACAACGUUCUCAUCGUCGUCCUCGACAACUUUACCUCCAUCACCAACACGCAAACGCUCCCGCUCUCCAACAGAAGCCGAAGACGAGAACAAUUCGCCGGUUCGCAAGCGCGCACGCUCAUGAUCUCAGAGCGCAUUGUCCAGCAGAAGCCCACACCGGGGAACUGUUAUUUCAAAGUGCAGUACAUUACGAAUUUCUCUAUCGCUUGGAUACUACGGCGAGAUCGGCGUGCCAUUGUCGUGCAUCACCUUCCGAGCGGGCGUCGGGGCCGAAAUGCCCAUCUGCAUACGUGUCGACGAGGAGGAUGACGAUGAGAUGGGGCAGGUGUUCGAGUAAUAGACGU